AUGUCCAGACCAAGUACUGACAAAGAGCUGCCCAGCAGCUCCUUUUUGGAGAGGGCCACUCCAAACUUGGACGCCGAGACUUUGGAUAUUGGCCAGCGCAUUCAAAGGCUUGCCGACGAAUGUCCACCCUUUUAUCAAAGCCGAAAUCUGCUUAUUCUCUAUCUCCUCAUGAUUCCGGGAUGCAUGAUUCCUGCCAUCACCCUAGGCUUUGACGGUGCCAUGAUGAACGGUCUUCAGGCAGUGCCUAGUUGGGACACUUGUGAGUUCCCUCUUCCGUUUCUUAUUUUCCUUUCUGUGGUGGCUGCCGAAACUGACUCCCUGUCCGGCUCAGACUUUAACAAGCCUCGAGGAAGUCUCCUUGGUAUCAUGUCUGCCAUUCUGCCUCUUGGUUGCGUGCUUACCACUCCUUUCAUUCCCAUGGUUGGCGAUCGCUGGGGUCGAAGAGCCGGUAUAUUUGUUGGUUCUGUCAUAAUGGCGGUCGGUGGAAUUAUUCAGGGAACUUCCGUUCACAUCGCCAUGUUUAUGAUAUCUCGCUUCAUCAUUGGGAUCGGCAUCGUCUUUGCCAACACCUUUGCCCCGAUGCUCAUCGGUGAAUUGGCCCACCCCAAAGAACGUCAGGUCGUCACCUCGUUGUACCAAACCUCUUGGUAUAUCGGUGCCAUUUUCGCCGCAUGGACCACCUUUGGCACCUUCAGCAUCCCUAAUAACUGGUCUUGGAGAAUCCCCUCCCUCCUGCAAGCUGCUCCUGCUUUCUGUCAGAUAAUAGGUGUUUUCUUCCUGCCCGAGUCUCCUCGAUGGCUGGUAGCUAAGGGUCGUGUUGAGGAAGCCAAAGCUGUUCUUGUCAAGUACCAUGCCAAUGAUGAUACCAGUAGUGAGUUUGUUAGUCUCGAGUUCGAACAGAUGCGUGAAGUCAUCGAGGCAGAGGUCAAUAACGAAACCGGAUGGAUGGCUUUCUUGGCCACCCCUGGCAACCGUAAGAGGCUGCUCAUUAUCAUCUCUCUUGGUGUGUUUUCGCAGUGGUCAGGCAAUGGACUAGUUUCGUAUUACCUCGUUCGUGUCCUGGAGACUGUGGGCAUCACUGAGACCCGGCCAAAGAACAUCAUCAAUGGUUGCCUGAUGAUCUUCAACUGGAUCACGUCCGUUCUUUCCGCCUUCCUCACUGCCCGGAUCAAGCGCCGCACUCAGUUCCUUGUUUCUGGCUUCGGCAUGCUGGCCGUUUUCGCUGUCCAAACUCUCUGCGCCGCCCUGUUUAAUGACUACGGUAACGCAGCCGCCGGGCACGUCGUCAUUGCCAUGCUUUUCCUGUUCUAUUUGUUCUUCAACUUGGCCUUCAACGCUUUGCUAUACUCGUAUCCCGUUGAAGUCCUUCCAUAUCCCAUCCGUGCGAAGGGUUUCUCUCUUCUCAUGUUCUUUGGCAAGGCCAGCAACUUCAUCAAUAUCCUGGUCAACCCAAUUGGAUUGCAGGCAAUUGGCUGGAAGCUAUAUUUGGUUUAUGUGGCUUGGCUCUGCGUUGAGGUUGCCGUUAUUUGGAAGUUCUUUGUUGAGACGAAAGGCCCCUCGCUGGAAGCCAUUGCAGUUCUCUUUGACGGCGAGCCUGAGAAAGUUUUGAAUGAGAAGAAAGAGCAUGCUGAGAAGAAGGACGAUAAGAAGGCAUAG